UGUUGUGGCCAGCCUGUAAAAUCCCUGGAAAUCGACUCUUCCAGCAGAGCCUCGUGAACUGGUAAAGCACCAAAUGUUCUACCCAAGAUGAAGUUAAGGGACAAACAAGCUAGACCCGAGGGAGAGAUCAAAAAGGAGACGUUGCAGGAGGAAGUUCAAAAGGGGGCAAUUCAAAAAUGAGGCACAGGCCCCGACUAGUUUGAAAGGCCUCACAACAGUGGUGAGACAGACACAUGUCUGUUUAUGGAAGAGAAAUUUGUGACUCAGAAAAGUUUAGUAACUGGAUCAAAGUUACUGAGACAACAGAAGCAGAGCCAGGCCUCAAACCCAGGUCUUCUGAUGCCAAAGCCAGCAUUCUUUCUUGUACACCACAGCUGCCAUCUGGAACUUGGGAUUACCAUAAAAUUGGUAAACACAAUUAUAUACUUAAUGUUUGAAAGAGGAAUGAAGAGUAAACAUUCCUUAGACUCUUACUACUGAGGAAACCAGACCAGCCAUUCAAGUGAUGAACCCUGUGACAUCUAACAACUGCUGAGCUUUCAGCUAUCAUGUAAGAAGUCUGCCUACCCUGGGGCCACCACAUGGAGUGACCACAUACUUACAUAUAGAGAGAGGUGGCCCAGAGUUCAAGUCUCCAGCUAUUGAAGGCUUCCAUCCUGGGUAACAGACAGUUGAAUGAAGAAGACUUUGAGAUGCUGUCAGCCCCAACCAUUGUCUGACCACAACUACGUGAGGGACCUGCAUGCAGUCAGAACUACCAGCUGAGCCAAGCUGACCUCCAGACUUGGCAAAUCUUAUCCCUAACUCUUUCAUUAUUUGCUUGUGGUUUCCUUGCCAAGGAUGUGUGGAGGCUUAAUAAUCUUGCCAAAUGGGUGAAAAUUGAUACCUGUUGGAGGAGGUCAUGAAGAGGAUAUGAUCGCUGAUUGACCCAUGCGCUGGACUUGGACUUGGGCAACUGGAGGCUUCUCACCCCCUCCCCUGCCCUUGGAAUGUAUGUUCUGCCUACAGUUCCCAUAGCCGGAGCUGUUUUGAGGACAUGGCCUUGAGAGAGUAAGGUGUUGAGACCAUCUGGAGUGAAUAUGUGACUGAACCCAGUUAAGGCCUCUGUAUAAACUCCUAAGAUUCUGGCAGGUGGGUGCAGAGAUCUACUUGUCUUGUGAUGCCCAAGACAAGUUCUCCUGUAAGUUCCCUUGCUUAUUAAAAUCGCCACCUACCAAGUAGGUGCAAAACCAACUGUUGUUGAACUGGGCAGGAGACUGAAGAAAUGGAUCUUGGAAAAGAGGCAUCCAUAGGGGAAACCCAGGGUUGGCCAUCAUCCUUCAUGUGAAGAGGGGUUGCUCAUAUGUUACAUGCUUGUGGACCACCACAUGAGUAUGGUGAUGCCCCAAAAAUGCCCACUGGUUUAAUGCACUUGUUUGAGGAACUGAGCAUAACACACUGCUGCAAAGAAGAGAAAUGAACCGCCGCGCAGUGGGCUGGCCUCUAGGGUGGGCAGUACGACUUGACACUGAUGACCAACCAGAGGCUGAAGCUUGAGUUAGAAAGUUGGAAGAAGAGCUGAGGUUAGAGAAGGAUGUGCACUGUCCACUGCCCUGCUCGCUUCGGGGCUGGCAGACAAGGUGGGAGAGCAGGAUGAUUAAGUUGCAGACUUUAGCCUGCUGUUUUGCAAGGCCAGGAGGGCUCAAGCUGCCAUGGAUUAAGGUCUGAGCACCUGUGACAAAGCCUGAUUGGGACACUAAGUGGUGGACUCCCUGGGAAAGUGAGGAAAACAAAGGAGGAUUUUAUGGUGAUUGACAGUGAAACUGAUGACACACCCCAUGCCAUUGGACCCGUAAUUCAAAGGAAAGCAAAAACACAGCAACAACAACCCCAGCCAGUAAGGCAGCCCCCAAUUCAGGAAACGUACCUGAUGAGAGAAUAUAUGCUCACUGAGCUUAUUGAUAUAAUUAUCAAGUUCCAACGAAAGGCCAGGAGAAUAUCCAGGAAUGAUUUUGCUGGAACACCUGUGAGCAAGUGUAUGGGAGGUGAACACACAGAAAACUGAAGGUGCAGUCACCAAUGUAAAGUCUCCGGGAGUCAUGUGAUCAGGGCAGUGCCAAGAUCUACUCGUCUUGCGACCACCAGAGACAAACCUCAAAUACUGUGAAAUGGCACCAGGGAGCACUUUCAGCAACAGGCAGAACUGUGUGCAUGUGCCGGACCAGACCUGAGACAUUUGUCCCUUCAGCCUGUCAUCCUUCUUCAAGUUAACCGGCAGCCGAGACGUUCUGACAGGACACCACCAGGAUGCCGCCCAAGAAAGUGCAAAUCCAAGUGGAGGAAAAAGAAGAUGAUACUGAGGAAAGUUCAAGUGAAGAGGAAGAGGAGGAGGAAGACAAACUACCUCGAAGAGAGAGCAUGAGACCAAAGAGGAAACGGACCAGAGAUGUUAUCAAUGAAGAUGACCCAGAACCUGAACCAGAGGAUGAAGAAACGAGGAAGGCCAGAGAAAAAGAGAGAAGGAGGAGGCUGAGGAGAGGAGCGGAAGAAGAAGAAGAAAUUGAUGAAGAGGAAUUGGAAAGAUUGAAGGCAGAGUUAGAUGAGAAUAGACAAAUGAUUGCUGCUGUCAAAUGCAAGCCUUGGAAAAUGGAGAAGAAAAUUGAAGUUCUCAAGGAAGCAAAAAAAUUUGUGAGUGAAAAUGAAGGGGCUCUUGGGAAAGGAAAAGGAAAACGGUGGUUUGCAUUUAAGAUGAUGAUGGCCAAGAAAUGGGCAAAAUUUCUCCGUGAUUUUGAGAACUUCAAAGCUGCUUGUGUCCCCUGGGAAAAUAAAAUCAAGGCAAUUGAAAGUCAAUUUGGCUCAUCGGUGGCCUCAUACUUCCUCUUCUUGAGAUGGAUGUAUGGAGUAAAUAUGGUUCUCUUUAUCCUGACAUUCAGCCUUAUCAUGUUGCCAGAGUACCUCUGGGGUUUGCCAUACGGCAGUUUACCUAGGAAAACGGUUCCCAGAGCUGAAGAGGCAUCGGCAGCCAACUUUGGUGUGUUAUAUGACUUCAAUGGAUUGGCUCAAUAUUCUGUCCUCUUUUAUGGCUAUUACGACAAUAAACGAACAAUUGGAUGGAUGAAUUUCAGACUGCCACUAUCCUAUUUUCUGGUGGGGAUCAUGUGCAUUGGAUACAGCUUUCUGGUUGUCCUUAAAGCGAUGACCAAAAAUAUUGGUGAUGACGGAGGUGGUGACGACAACACUUUCAACUUCAGCUGGAAGGUGUUCACCAGCUGGGACUACCUGAUUGGCAAUCCUGAAACAGCAGACAACAAGUUCAAUUCUAUCACGAUGAACUUUAAGGAAGCUAUAAUAGAAGAAAGAGCAGCCCAAGUAGAAGAAAACGUCCACUUGAUCAGAUUCCUGAGGUUUCUUGCUAACUUCUUCGUGUUUCUAACACUUGGCGGGAGUGGAUACCUCAUCUUUUGGGCUGUGAAGCGAUCCCAGGAAUUUGCGCAGCAAGAUCCUGACACCCUUGGGUGGUGGGAAAAAAAUGAAAUGAACAUGGUCAUGUCCCUCCUGGGGAUGUUCUGUCCAACAUUGUUUGACUUAUUUGCUGAAUUGGAAGACUACCAUCCCCUCAUCGCUCUGAAAUGGCUCCUGGGACGCAUUUUUGCUCUUCUUUUAGGCAACUUGUAUGUAUUUAUUCUUGCCUUGAUGGAUGAGAUUAACAACAAGAUUGAAGAGGAGAAGCUAGUAAAGGCCAAUAUUACCCUAUGGGAAGCCAACAUGAUCAAGGCCUACAAUGCAUCACUCACUGGAAAUACCACUGGGCCACCCUUUUUUGUGCACCCUGCAGAUGUACCUCGAGGACCCUGCUGGGAAACAAUGGUGGGACAGGAAUUUGUGCGGCUGACCGUUUCUGAUGUUCUGACCACCUAUGUCACAAUUCUCAUUGGGGAUUUUCUCCGAGCAUGUUUUGUGAGGUUUUGCAAUUACUGCUGGUGCUGGGAUUUGGAAUAUGGAUAUCCUUCAUACACCGAAUUUGACAUCAGUGGCAAUGUCCUGGCUCUGAUCUUCAAUCAAGGAAUGAUCUGGAUGGGCUCCUUCUUCGCUCCCAGCCUCCCGGGCAUCAAUAUCCUUCGGCUCCACACGUCCAUGUACUUCCAGUGCUGGGCUGUGAUGUGCUGCAACGUUCCCGAGGCCAGGGUGUUCAAAGCUUCCAGAUCGAAUAACUUCUACCUGGGAAUGCUCUUGCUCAUCCUCUUCUUGUCCACCAUGCCCGUCCUGUACAUGAUCGUGUCCCUCCCGCCAUCUUUCGAUUGUGGCCCCUUCAGUGGCAAAAAUAGGAUGUUUGAAGUCAUUGGAGAAACACUGGAACAUGAUUUUCCAAGCUGGAUGGCAAAGAUCUUGAGACAGCUUUCUAAUCCUGGAUUAGUUAUUGCUGUUGUUUUGGUUAUGUUUGACUAUCUAUUAUCUCAAUGCUACUGCAAAGGGCCAGAAGGCAGCAAAUCUGGAUCUAAAAAAGAAGAUGAAACAGCAAGCUUUGGAGAACAAACUGCGAAACAAGAAAAUGGCAGCUGCACGAGCAGCUGCAGCUGCUGGAGGCCAGUAAUUUUCAUGGAUAUUCUGGAGGCCCAGAAGUAUUCCUCACCAUACUGUUCAAAAGCAGUGACUUAUGUGAAGGCCCAGAGAACAAACAUGGAGAGUUGCUACUUCCCUGUUCUAAACCAGGUGGAUUAUCAAGGUCACGCUGGUCAAUCAAGGCAUCACCAGUCCUAGUAAAAAAAGAAGGAUCUCUACCUUAUUCCAAAUUAGGGAUUUGUUCCUGCACCACCACUUUCUCCCCUGAGCCAGUCCCCUCACAUUUUCUUUAACAAAUUGAGUUUAAAAUUGUGUGUGAUGGAGAAGUAUGGAUUACUGGCUUACUCGUUGGGUUAAUUUAAAAACCUUUUACUCAUAUGGACUUUCAUUUUAUACAUAUCUUCUGGCUUAGUUUUCUUAGCCUGGAAACAGGAAUAUUUCACCCUCUUUUUUCUUCUAAGUUCAGAAAUAUCUUUAUAAAGUAUUCAUUGGAAAUUAACAUCUUGCUUUCCCUUUUCAUUCUGUCUCCCCAUCCAUGGUCCCCACAAAUAUACACCCAAAACCUUUUUAUUUGCUGCUGGAUUCAGUAUGAAAAGGAAUGGGCUUUUUAGAAGAAAAAUCUCAUGGGUUAUCUCUUCGGGCUUCUGAGAGGUACACAUAGUUUAAACCAUAUCAAGAGGUUUAUAUUAGCAAACUUUGACCUGAACUGUGUUUUCUCAUCCUGAUGGGUCCCUACAAGUACCAGAGCCAGAGUCCAUCAGGUAUGGGAAUGUACUGGUGACCCACAUCUUACUAUAUAUGGUGAGGUAUGGUUCCCUAGUUGACUUCGGGGUUUAGCCUUUGCUAUCUUCAUUCCUCAGUGGAUGGGUCAGUAGGAAGGGAUUUUGUGUCAGUUUCCCUGCCUAAUACUCCAGCGUCUUCUCUGGACUGGACUUUAAUUCAGUCAACUUGAUUGGAACUUGGACUAUUUCAGUGCUUUACUAGACCCUUCCCAGAAGCGUAUGUGCAAAUUGUGGGGGAGUGAGUUUGUAAUAAACACUGGGACCACACUGAGUGCAUGACCACCAGGAACUACAAUGAGGCCAGUACCUCUUAAUCUGUUUACUAAAUAUUUAUCAAACAUUAUUGUGUCAAACAUUUAUCAAACAUUAUAUAUCUUAAGUAUCACCUGCUCUCUAGAUUUUCUCUACCACUUUCUGCCCUACCUGCUAUAUCCUUAGUUGCUAUCAUCUUCCAGAAUACUAGAUACUAGAACUUGCAAAGCUGUUUUAGGAUUGAACAAAAUUAAUGAUACCUUCCCACUGAGGGCAAGACUGUCCCUUUCUUCACAAUGACACAGAUAUUAUAGUACACUAUCAGUAUUCAGAUAAAAGAUUUGCUUUCUCUUAUUCUCUAUUAAGUGCAAUGUCUAACAAAAUCCAGUUAUUAUUCUACCUUUUUCAGCUCUCUUCCAAAGUUAGGACAUCUUGAUGGACAAAUAACCCUAGACCUCAGAGUUGGCAUCAUAUGCUUAGUAGAUGGGAUGCAAACAAAGGAGUUUAGCCUACAAUGGAAAACCAAGUUCCUGUGGAAAAAAACAAGGGAGUGUUUUAGCAGAGGGAAAACAAUGCAAUGUGGGUAAGAUGGGAGUCUGAUGACUUUACUGCCUCCCUUGAGUCAAAAAUAUGGACCUGGAUAAUAUCCAGUUACAACUUUCUUUUGCCUUGUUUGGUUCACAAAAGUAAAAAAGUGUUUCCACAAUUCAUUUGUAAAGAAAUAUAUAUUAAAAGAGUAAGUAAGCAGGCUUCAAAAAUAAGAGACUUAAGAAUGGGAUGGGCAGAUGUUCUCAGCUCUCAACUCAGAUACACACUUGAUUUUUCAGAAGACACAUUGAGACCUAAGAAUAUUUUUAAAAAUAAACUGUAGUCAUAGCCUUUGUUCACAUCUACUUCCUGCAAGAAGGAAACAGCAUUAUAUGAUGGUGACAAGAUUUCUCAAGGCCCUAUAUGAGGUUUCUUUUUCUCAGAGUUCUCUUGUAAUGGAUUGCCUUGGAUGGUCCAGCUGCCUUUACCAGAAUGGGUCUUGGUGACUUAGUAAUUAUGAACAGUGGAACAAUGUAUAAAUGAAAUACUUGACCUCUUCUGGGAACUUAGGUAUUAUAUAACACACAUCUUUUUCAUACACACCAAGAAGUUUUCAUACAAAUCCUUGGUCAUUUAAAAAUUUAUAACAGUGGUACAUGUUCAUUACAGCAAAUUUAGAAAUUUUUAAUAGAAUUAAAAAAGCAAAAGAACCUAUAAUUCCACCACCCAGAAUAACUUCUGUUAACAUUUUGGUGUAUUUUUUUCUCAGAUUCACACACACAUACAGACUCAAUAAAAUAUUUUGGAUCAUAAGAUAUAUUUAGUCUUUAUCCUUCUUAUUUAACAUUUCUUAUUUAACUUUUUCCCACGUCAUAAAGAUUACUUCAGGACAUUUUUUAAUGGCUACAAAAUAUUUUUUUAUAUUAAUACAGCAUAAUUAGUUUAUUCUACUGUUGUACAUUUAGGUUGAUUAAAGAUUAAAUAUUAACUUUAAAUUUGGGUCCUUUCAGAACACAUAUUUAUGCAAAAGCAUUAGUUUGUAUAGACUUUUAACUCAACACAUAUACAUUUGAAGACAGUUUUGGUCAAUUUGCUGAUACAAUUAUAUUACUUUCUAUUACUUUCCUGAUUCAGAGUAAUUAGCCUUAAAUGUCACUAAAUUUUCUCUUGAUACUGUUUUGCUUAUGGCUAUAUAAAAACUUUUUAGGAACCAUCUCAUUUUUUUUAAUCUUGUUUUUGCAAGUCAAGUUUCACAUGCUGAAUCAAAUUAAGGAUCAUCCACAUAUGAUAACUAAUACAAAUUGCCA